AUGGCAUUCUUUUUACAAUACAGAGCUAUCCAGCGACAUGUACGGGAAGAGCUGCAACGCGUAACUGAAGUUUCAGAUCCAUUGUCCGCUCGUACUACACGCUUGCCCGACGGAGUACAUGAGCUGGGAGAUUCGGAGUCACCUGGUAAGCUAAACAAAGGUGAACCGUUCACACGGAUCCCAGGCAUCACGUUGAGAGAAGAUGGUAACAACCAGCUCUAUUACCAGGUUGACUGGAGCGGCCCCGAUGAUCCAUUCAACCCCAAGAAUUUCUCAACCCUACACCGUAUCUCUGCGACACUACUCGUAUGUCUCGUCGCUUUUGUCGCGACCCUCGCAUCUUCCAUCGACUCUGCUGUGCUUACCAGAGCGUCUGCCGACUUCGGGGUUUCAGAGGUAGCAGAAUCAUUGGCCACUGCCCUCUUCCUGGUUGGCUUUGGCCUUGGUGCACUCUUACUGUCUCCGCUAUCAGAACUACUCGGACGGUAUCCCGUCUAUCUCGGUUCUCUCUCCGUUUUCGCAUGUUGGGUCUUAGGCGCUGCUCUAGCCCCCAACUUCGGUGCCCAGAUUGUCUUUCGAUUUCUAGCUGGGUUUUCGGCGAGCACCCCUCUCACCGUUGCGGGCGGCUCUGUCGGAGAUUUAUGGAGUCCGGUGGAGAAGAUUUUCGCAUUUCCACUAUUCGCGAUACCCGCAUUUGGCGGCCCAAUCUUUGGUGCUUACAUUGGCUACGAGCAAAACAUCAAUUGGAGGUGGACCGAAUGGAUAACAUUGAUCCUGAUUGGGGCGACAUUCACGCUUAUAUUGCUCUUCAAAAGAGAGUCAUUCGCGCCACGCCUUUUGCACUAUAAAGCACAGCACUUCCGGAAGCUUACAGGCAACGAACAGUUCAAGACUGCGACUGAAGCAUCGCAUGGCUCUAUUGGUGAGCUCUUGUCUAGGUCCUUCCUUCGGCCUUUUCUUCUCUGCACGCAACCAAUCGUCAUGGCUUUUACAUUAUACUUGAUGAUUGUUUACAUCAUUCUGUUCACGUUUCUGGAUGGCUACCCUUACAUUUUCGCGGAAACUUUCGGCAUCAACGAGGGGUUAUCGAACAUCUGCUUCGUUGGAUUAUUCAUCGGAAUAGCUCUUUCGGCGCUUCUUGUCCCGGUAGCCUACCGCAAGACCGUGCGACAACUUGAAAAAGACGGAGACGAUGGGUCUGGCAAGGCCAUACAUCGCGAGUCGAGAUUGUUUUUCGCCAUGAUCGGAGCACCUGCAUUGCCUAUAGGGCUCUUCUGGAUGGGCUGGACUGACUAUGCUUCCGUCUCGAUAUGGUCACCUUUAGCAGCAUCACUGCUCGUUGGCUUUAGCAAUAUUUGCAUCUUCAUGUCCGCAUACAUGUACAUCAUUGACAGUUACGAAGCAUACGCAGCGUCGGCCUUGACGUUUGUCGCGUUGAUCAGAUACAUCGCAGCUGGCGGGAUGACCGUCGUUGGCAUUCCCAUGUACAGAAAUUUGGGGACUCACUGGACCUUGACGUUGCUUGGCAUCAUUAGUGUCCUUGCACUACCGAUUCCGUAUGUACUAUAUCGGUUCGGACCGAGUCUCCGGAAGCGUAGCAAAUGGGCAGUGUAA